AUGGCGUCUGUUUCAUACGCGGAGGACUUGGCUUGUUCUGUCUGUCUGACCAUCUUCACCGAUCCAGUGACCCUUCCCUGUGGACACUCCUUCUGCAGGCAGUGUAUUACAAAAGUGUUGAACAUGGAGCAGCAUUGUCCGCAGUGUCGGACAGCUGUUGCAGAAGCAACAAGUCUCCCAACGAGCCUCAUUUUGCAAAGCCUGGCUAAGAGGGCCAAAGAAGAGGAGCUGAAAAAGGGAAGGAGUCUGACAGCAGAGGUGGCUGAAUUAUGUCCUGAACAUGAAGAAAACCUGAAGUUGUUCUGCAUCACAGACCAGCAGCUGGCUUGCAUUAUAUGCAGAGAUGGCGAGGAGCAUGAAGGACACCGGUUUAAACCAGUCAAAGAAGCUGCUGCAUCCCUCAGAAAAGAGUUGCAGACUUUUCAACAGCAUGCUGCUGAUGAUAUUCAUGCUAUAGAAGGUCUUGCUGAUAUACAAAAGAAUGAGAUGUUAAAAACUAGAGAAAGGUCUCAGAAGCUUACCAUUCAGAUCAGAAAACAGUUUCAAGAGAUGCAUGAUUUUCUAAGACGGAGAGAAAAUGAGAUAAAGACUGAGCUGAAACAUAAAGAAGAAGACAGCGUUGGAAAAAUGAGAGAGGCUUUAGAAGCAAUAGACAUAGUUUUAUCUGAUAGCAGAGAGCUUAAGGAAAAAGUAAACUUGGUUCUGAAAAUCCCUGAACCUGAGAACUUUUUAAAGAGCUGGACAGAGGGGAACAAAAUGGGGACAGCAGGGCAUGUAUUCAGGCCCAGAUUGAAUGAGCUACAAGUGGUGAAUUCUUCUUUCUCACUGGGGCCCUAUGAGAGCCACCUGCAGUUCUUUUUGUGGAAAGAGAUGCUUCAGAUGAUCCAGCCCCGAGCAGAACUGCUGACUCUUAAAAGCAAGAGUCCAGAUGUGGUUGUAUCUGAUGAUAGAAGAAGUUUGUUUUGUAAACCCAAAACUAAUCACACCACACUAGGCACAUCAUCUUUAUUGAAGGCAGGAGCUUCCCAUUUUGGUGCUGCAAGUGGUCAAGCAUUCUCCUCCUUCGGUCAACCUACAUAUGUAGAAACUAUAGAAAGCUAUAGAGGAUUAUUUGGUGUUUCUGCUAAAGCAGAUAACUUGAAUCCAAACCUAAUUGGCACAAACGCUACAUUGGACUUACAAACAGCAUGCAGUGAUAACGAGUUUGGAGCAGGCCAGUAUUACUGGGAAAUUGAGGUUGGCAGCAGAGACUAUUGGGAACUGGGAAUAAUACAUAAUUUCCUGAAAUUUGACGGAGUACAAUAUGCCACAUGUGGCCCAAACGUCACCAAGAAGUUACAGUUUCAAACCAGACCCAGAAAGAUUGGGGUUUACUUUGACUGCCCAUCCAAGGAGCUCUCCUUCUAUGAUGCCGACACUAUGAAAAAGAUUCACUCAGUGAGUGCUGUCUUCGUGUCAAUGCCAGUGUCUGCACAAAUUAACAUUAAAUUCAAACAGCCAGAUCAUAGUCCCAUAACAGUGUGCUGGUACUAAACAGCAGUCCGUCAGAAAUCCUUGGAAUUUGAUCUCAUUAUUUUUAGUAGAAAAUGUUUUCUGGAUGCUUCAUCCAAGCUUCAGACCGAAUCUAGUACCUCUAAACACUUGAUAAGUGUGGUAGCAAGAAAAAAUACAUGGUACUAUUGCAUAGUAUUUUUUUUAUUAACAUUUUUUAUCAAGGUUUUUUAAGCAGCUAUGCGUUUUUUUUUAUUUACAAAUAAAAUAAGCUAUAACUCUUUUUAAGCUUUAGGGUAAUUAAAGAUCACUGUCCAAAUAAUUUAUAUUACUGCUAAAGUAAAUUAUAGAACACCAACAGACCCCGGCUGGGCCCCACAGCUAGAUGUAUGACAGCCAUGGUUGCAGAUUAUCUGUUUCAUUGUUGUUGAGUACUUUUUUGUGCCAUAUUACUUUGAGUUUUUUUUUUGUUU